UCCUGAACUAAGGUGUUGUAGCCUUCAGAAACACCUAUAAUCACAGGAUGUGUGACAUGUGCAGAGGAUACAAAGACAUGCGCUCACAGACUCUUCAUUUAAUGUUUUAAUAGGACUUAUAGGCUAUAGACACGAGACAAAAAGUUGCUGCUGAGAAGCACAAGCGUUGGGUGACUUUUCAAGGGCAUAUGCUGUUUUGUUAUCACAGAAAUGAGCGCUGCCAGAAUUAUCCCAGUGGAGCCAGCCAUGCAUUUGUGCCUGAAUCGCCAUCCUUCAGUGGAUCCGUUUUGGGACAUGUCCACACUUAGAUCCUACCGUACUCCAACAAGACCUAGCACAUUUGAAUCUUUGCGGCCCAGAGCUGCUAGAUCUUCCCAGAUUUCAACCUCUCCGAUAAGCACCCAAAUCCCUACAAGCCCCUGUGGGACACUCAAGAAGAAAAAACAAGUGGUGUUUGCAGACGAUAAAGGACUGGCUCUUACUUCAGUGCGGUUCUUUGAUUCCGAUCCCCUUGACACUGAUGAGGAGGAGGAGCCUUCUUCGCCUGUCAAGAUUAAGACCAGGUCUUCUGUGCAAAGCAAAACUCCUCGUCUACGGCUGGGAUUCCCUCAGCCUUCUACUGAUUUGUCAUCAUUCCUAGAAGGCCUGAACAAAUCUCAGGUGCGUUUGGAGAGAUGCAGCUUGAUCUACGGAUCGCUAUUCGGAAAGGUCAGGGUUCGCAACAUCAGUGCUGAGAAAGCUGUGCAUAUUCGCAUGACAUGCGACUCAUGGAUGAGCCACCAGGACAUGCCCUGUACCCCUAUCCUACAGAACAGGAAUGCAGAGACAGAACAGUUUAUCUUUAAUAUUCCCGUGCCUUCCUGUACCAGUGUACAAAAUCAUCUAGAGUUCUACAUAACCUUCCGUCCUGGAUCUGGCAACCUGCUUUUUUUGGACAACAAUGAUGGGCAGAACUACCGGAUUCUUGUGGAGGAUGUGGACACAGAAGAAGUGUCAGUUGAGACAACUCCCUUAAACCCUCAGAACAUUCAAAGCAUUCAGCCACUGCCCGUGAGAAACGGUCUAGUUUUUCUUAGCUCACACACUUCCCCAGCUUGGCCAGCAAGCAAUAGCUCACACACUUCCCCCAGGAAUACGUGGAUGACUUUCAAUAAGCAAGAGCAUGUCAUCCCAAGAAAUAACUCAUCCUUCGAUUUUAAUGUUCUAGCAUGAGUGUUUUAUUUCUCUCUUAUAAUCUUGAUGAUUAUCCAUGUUGGAUUAAAAUGUCCUUAGACAUGGAGAGGGAGGAAAAAGUCAGACAGACAUGCAUGUUGGUACUAGUUUUCUCUGAUCAAACUUGUUUUAUGAGUCAGUGAAUAAGAUAGUGAGUCUGAUGUAUCUGUUCCAAGCAUUAUGCACCUGUAUAUAUAUGACUAUCUGUAAUAAAUCUGAUAAAAAUCUGUUCUGCUGACAAACAUCAACACUUACUCAUCAAGGUCAGGCAAUUUCAAGUUGUAAAAUAAUUGUACAGUGACAAAUAAUUAAUGUAAAAAAGCUAAACUUUGUAAUGUAACUGUUAAAAUGUUUAAUAUGUAUAUUUAUUUAUUAUUAUUAAUUUU